AAAAGCUUGGACCCCGCUACAAAAAUGGACCGGAGAUGAGAAAGACAACUAUCAAAAAUCUACGGAGAUGAAUCAUGUUGCAAAACGCCCGACUCUUAAUGUUAUAUCCAAUGUAGAGCAGUUGAACACAAGGCAGCAACCGAUUAUCAUUCAUCCUCUAAAAUGGGUGCCUAAUAAUAUUUACCCAGGAAAGCUGCUCAAUAAAAUCCUCCCAAAAAAUGAUGAAAGUAAAAUAUCAGCAAAUACACCUUGCGAGAACACUUCGAAAGCUUCUUUGAAACUUGAAUGUAAUGUAAUUGAAUCGUUUACCAUCCGCGAUAACCUAACCUUGAAAGCGGUCCAAGAGAAAGAAGAAAUCCUCGAUGUGGAUGUUGUUCUGGAACCCAAAGCCUUGCUUGUCGCUAUGAAAAUGGAACUAGAGACAAGGAUUGACAAACCUUUGAACAUGACCAUUGAAAUUGGGUUGAAGAAAGAUGAAUCCGAAGUCAGUGCUAAAAAGCCAGAGAUGGAUUAUGCGAAGAAUCCGAUCCGAAAAAGUUGA